CACGCCUGCAAGAUCCUUGCUCUCCCCCGUCAACGGCCCUCUCUCCACACCCAAUGGCUUCUCUCGCUUCGCUCCCCAGAUCCUUCGUGGCUGCCUCUCUGCGCAGACCCGCUGCCUUUACGGCCGCUCGCUUCUACUCUGCCAAGCCCAAGACCCUGAAGGAGCGCUUGGUCGAGAUUAUUCCCGAGAAGCAGGCCGAGGUCAAGGAAUUCCGUGCCAAGUAUGGCAGCCGCGUCCUUGGCGAAACCACCGUUGACAUGGCUUACGGCGGCAUGCGUGGAAUCAAGGGUCUUGUCACCGAGACUUCCGUUCUCGACCCCGAGGAGGGCAUCCGCUUCCGUGGAUACACCAUCCCCGAAUGCCAGCAGCUCCUCCCCGCUGCCCAGCCUGGAGGCGAGCCUCUUCCCGAGGGUCUCUUCUGGCUCCUCACCACCGGCGAGGUCCCCACUGCCGAGCAGGUCAAGGCCCUCUCUGCCGACUGGGCCGCCCGCUCCGCCAUCCCCUCCUAUGUCGAGGAUAUCCUUGACCGCUGCCCCAACACCCUGCACCCCAUGUCCCAGUUCUCGUUGGCUGUCACUGCUCUCCAGCACGAGAGCAGCUUUGCCAAGGCCUACCAGAACGGCGUUCCCAAGUCCCAGUACUGGGACUACGCCUUUGAGGAUGCCAACGACCUGAUUGCCAAGCUUCCCAACGUUGCUGCCCGCAUCUACCGCAACGUCUUCAAGGAUGGCAAGGUUCCCGCCAUCGACCCCAACCUCGAUUACGGUGCCAACUUUGCCCACCUGCUCGGCUACACCGAUCCCAACUUUGUCGAGCUCCUGCGUCUGUACCUCACCAUCCACUCUGACCACGAGGGUGGAAACGUCAGUGCCCACACUACCCACUUGGUUGGCUCGGCUCUCUCCGAUCCCUACCUUUCCUUUGCCGCUGGCCUCAACGGUCUUGCCGGUCCUCUCCACGGCCUUGCCAACCAGGAGGUCCUGCGAUGGAUCAUCAAGCUCCGUGAGCAGGUUGGCCCCGAUGCUACCGAUGCCGAGAUUGAGGCCUUCCUCUGGAAGACCCUCAAGUCUGGCCAGGUUGUGCCCGGCUAUGGCCACGCCGUCCUUCGCAAGACCGACCCCCGCUACACUUGCCAGCGCGAGUUUGCCUUGAAGCACCUCCCCACCGACCCCAUGUUCAAGGUCGUCAGCCAAAUCUACAACAUUGCUCCCAAGGUCCUCACUGAGCACGGCAAGACCAAGAACCCCUGGCCCAACGUCGAUGCUCACAGCGGUGUCCUGCUUCAGCACUACGGCUUUGUCGAGCAGGAGUACUACACUGUCCUCUUUGGUGUCUCGCGCGCCCUCGGUGUCAUGUCCAGCUUGAUCUGGGACCGUAUUCUCGGCCUCCCCAUUGAGCGCCCCAAGUCUCUCAGCACCGCUGCUCUGAAGAAGAUGUUCGAAGGCAAAUAAGCGGUUCAUCUCAUAGUUGUGUGACUUUUGUGCCAGAUCUUCGUGUACACCGGUCGGGCUUAGAUUCCUCUGCCUGAAGCCAAUUCCAUAAACGAUUGCAAGAGGGUGGGUGCCCUCUUGCCCUUCUUGGGUAAUCUCUGGAACCUUUGCUGACGGGGGUGACCGAGUCCCGAAUGUGUGCGUCCGUUCCCUCCGAGCUGUUAGCCACACGGCCCCGCUGCCGAGGGGGGGCCACAACUUUCGCCAGAAAGGCUUCAUAUACAUUUCAGUUUGUCCACGAAUCGAUCUGGAAUGUGCCCUGGGGCAUGUCUCGGAGAACCCCUCGC